UAAAAUAUGCCUCUACAUCAAUGCUCAGAAUACAAGAGGUUCAUAAAAAUUCUUGAAAGGAUUCAUACUGCAAAACCAAUACCUUUGAACACUUGGAAACCUCAUUUCACUCCAGUUAAUGCAAGUGUGUCAAUCAUUUUGAGACUUUACAUCCGAGAUCAUACCAAAAGGCUCAAAAGGUUGAGGACGAUCGAGAAGCAGAGGAUCCAUGGAGACCCGACUCAGCCUCUGCAGUUGACUCCUGACGAGGUUGACAAAUACUUCCAAAGUCAAGACAACUUUGAUAAGGCAAAUUGAGAAGCCCAAGUGUUUUACAUCAAAAGAGGGGAUAGUGAUGAAGACCGAUUCCCUGGCUUGGUAGUAUUCCCAGGAGGCAAAGUUGAAGAGGGAGAGAGCUUACUUGAAGGAGCAAUUAGAGAAACUCAUGAAGAAGUUGGGUUUGAUCUUCUUGACUCAAAUAACUUUGCAUUAAUAUCUCAAUAUCCUCUUACCAUUCCCUUUACUUUUAUGAAGAACCGUUGAAGACUUUUUGCUACUCCUUUUGUGUUUGUUCAACUUUCUUUUGACUGAAUAAAGCCAAUUCAUCACCAAAGAGAAGUUCAAUCAAGUGUGUGGACAUCGCUUGAGCAUCUUGCCAUUCACAGUAAGCAAUUCUUCUGGUACAGGCCUCAAAGAAACCCAAGAUAUAAAACUGACUUGACCUUACUAAUGCCAACCUUCUUGCUAGUUGAUUCAGAAAAAUAUUCGCAGCAGGAUAUUUACAAUGACCCUUCAGUUGUCAACAAAGAUUUCCCGUUAGGAGGAAUGACUCUGUAUUUGACAAGACAUUUCUUAAAUUUUACUGGAAUGAAGAAUAUUAGGCCUCAUAUGGGCUACUACAAGAUACAGGAAGUUAAAAAUAAAACCUUGUCAGUAAUCGCUGGUAAAUUCUUCAGUCUCUUUGCUAUAAACCCACAAUACUACUUUCAAGAAGCAUGGAAGGAGUAUCAAUACUAUGUUUAUUUAUCAAGUGUAGGUCUCGCUACAGCUUAUGGAGGAUUUAAAUGGUUCAAGUCAAAGAAUGGUGAAAAACUAAGGAGCUCUAAAAUUUAGAUUUCAAUAUUUGCC